CCCCCCCCAACCACCGCCACAGCACUGACUCGACAGUGGGACAGCGUAGCGAACGGACGCACCGGAGCUUCCUGACCCCCCGCCACACACACACACACACACACACACACGCCUACACUCUGGCUUAUUUUCAGCUUUUCCCCCCAUACGGAAUUCCAUCACUGUGGGAAUAUGGUGAUAUUUUCCCGGCUGUGGAUUUCUCUCGGAUGCUGAACACUCCAGGUUGUUUUUUUUGGAUACUGCAGCACUGGACUGUAACCUGGAGGGCAUGAGGACCCAGCGGUGUCUCUGAGCUACACACACACACACACACACACACACCGCCGCCGCCGCCGCUGCCGCUGCUGCUGAUACUGCCAAGGAUGCUCAUGCCUCGCGAUGCAGGCCGCGACGAGGCUCAGAAGCUGCACAGGAAAUGGAUGAAGCACCAGGCCUUCAUGGCUGAGCUUGCACACAACAAGGAAUGGCUCGCCAAGAUUGAACAGGAGGGAGAGGAGCUGAUCCAGGAGCAGCCAGAGCUCCGGCCUGUGGUCCAGCAGAAGCUGAAGGAGAUGAGAGAAUGCUGGACCCACCUGGAGAGCACCACCAAGGCCAAGGCUCGGCAGCUCUUCGAGACGCAGAACCACCGCACCGCGGACGUCCCACAGACCCUGUCUGACCUGGACCAACACCUGAAUGUCCUCCAUGAGCAGCCUCCUCCACUCGGGACGGCAACAAACACCUCACACAUCACCCCCACCAGCCUGCUGCCCCCACGGGCCACCUUCAGCCAGCAGCUCCAGAGGAUACAGUCGAUGGAGGCUCAGAUGCAGCUCUAUCAGGGCGUAGGUGAACUGAGGGGCGAAGCUGAUAUUGGCAGGCUAAGUGAUAUGGGCGUGGCUGACCAGCUGCAUCGCCGGCCAAUGGGAAUCGAGAGUGAGGACCAAGGGGGCGUGGCUGAGACGCGCAUCGUGCGCCUGAUCGAGCCGCUCAAAGAAAGGAGGCGGAUCCUUCUGGCCUCCAAAGAAAUGCAUCAAGUCACGCAGGACCUGGAGGACGAGAUUGUGUGGAUUCAGGAACGAUUGCCUUUGGCCUCCUCUAAAGAAUAUGGGACCAACCUUCAGAGCGUUCAGCAUCUGGUUAAAAACCAUGAGGCUCUGCAGAUGGAGCAGCAGGCCCGGAGGGCACGGCUGGAGGAGGUGCUGGAGCGGGCGGAGGCCAUCGCUGCCCUCCGCACUCCGGAGGUGGAGCUGGUGAGGGAGGGGGCGGUGCACGUGAGGCAGCUGUGGGAGGUGCUUCAGGUAGAGAUGGAGCGGCGCACCGUGAUGCUGGACGCUGUAAGCCACUCCCAGCAGUACUACACCGAGGCAGCGAAGGCAGAGUCGUGGCUCGGUGACCAGAAACUUCACGUUCUCAAUGACGAAAACGGCAACGAUGAAGCGAGCACUCUGAGGUUGCUGAAGGAGCAGCUGGCUUUAGAGCAGAAAGUGGAGACUUACGCGGAGACGGUAGGCUUCCUCUCUCAGCAGUGCCGCCGCAUGCUGGAGCUGGGACAUCCCGACAGUGAGCAGAUCACUAAGCAGCAGGCUCAUAUCGACCGGCUCUACGUGUCUCUGAAGGACCUGGUGGAGCAGAGGAAGACUAAGCUGGAGCAGCAGUACUGGCUCUAUCAGCUGAAGAGGGAGGUGGAGGCUCUGGAGAAGUGGAUCUCAGCGCGAGAGGCUGUGGCCAGCUCCACUGAGCUCGGACAGGACCUGGAGCACGUCACGGCUCUGCAGGAGAAGUUCACGGCGUUCCGGGCGGAGACCAGCUCUGUGGGUCAGAGGCAGAUGGACUCUGUCAAUAAGAUGGUGAAUGAGAUGAUCGACUGCGGCCACGUGGACGCCGCCACCAUCGCUGAGUGGAAGGACGGCCUGAACGAGUCGUGGGCUGACCUGCAGGAGCUGAUGGAGACCAGAGCGCAGAUGCUGGCCGCCUCCCACCAGCUUCACAAGUUCUUCACCGAUUGCCAAGAGGUGUUGGUGCAGAUUGAGGGGAAGAUGAGGCAGUUGCCGGAGGUGCGCUCCUGUCAGGUGAGCACAGCCAACCCCGGCACUCUCCAGAGACUGCUGCACUCCUUCGAACACUCUCUGCAGCUGCUCGUCGCACAGGUGCGUCAGCUGCAGGAGAACGCAUCUCAGCUCCGUGCAAUCUACGCCGGCGAGAAAGCCGACGCCAUCUUGGCCCGAGAGCAGGAAGUGAUGCAGGCAUGGAAGGAGCUGCUGGUGGCGUGCGAGGGAAGUCGUGUGCAGGUUACCACGGUAACAGACAAAAUCCAGUUCUUCGCCUUGGUGCGUGAGCUCAGCAUGUGGACGGAUGGAAUCACGGGACAGAUCGGUUCUUCUGAGGAGGCACGGGAUAUCUCAGCCCUGGAGAAUAUGAUCUCCCAGCACCAGAAUCUGAAGAGUAAGAUGGAGAACAAGAGCAAAAGCUUCUUGCAGUGUGUGGAUAUGGGGAAGAUGCUGCUCGCUGCGCACAACCCUGCAGCCGAGGAGGUGAAGGAAAAGUUGGAUUACGUGAUGGCAAAGCAGAAAGAUCUGAGUGAUAAGUGGGAGCAGCACUGGGAGAAACUCCAGCGCAUGCAACAAAAGUUACAGUCUGCCCAGACAAGUACAGCUGAGCAGGUGUGGCUCACAUCCAAGGAGCCAAUCAGCACUAGACAUGAGGUCGAGGGUGACGAAGUGGAGCAGCUGAUACGUCGGCAUGAAGCGUUUAGGAAGGCAGCGGCUACAUGGAAGGAACACUUUAGCUCCUUACGACAGGCGGAGAAACUGAAGGAAGAGCAGACUAAGCAGCCUUCCACCUCGUCUCUUCUCAACAGACAGAUGUUCCCUCUCUCCUGCCUAGUGCCCAGCUCUUCUUCGUCCUCCUCUUCCUCCUCUCUCUUCCGGAACCCUCUCCAAGACACACUGCUCGAGCCCAAGUCCAGUGCUCAAGACCUUGUACAUACUGUGGCGCACACAGCCACGCACCCACUCACCCAGAGGCUCGGAUCUGCACUUAAUCCAUACACACCGGUCAUGAAUGGCUCUUCCUACCAUGGACUAAGCCAACAGGGUGUACUAGGGCUAGACAGCCCCAGCUACCACGGACUAAACCAACAAGUUGGUGUUCUGGGGGCGAACAGCUCCAGUUACACUGGAUUAAAUCAACAGGGUGCUUUAGGGGUGGACAGCUCUAGCUACACCGGGCUAAACCAACAGGGUGUCAUGGGAGCUGAUGGCUCUAGCUAUCACAGCCUGAACCAUCUCGGUGCCGUGGGGGUGACAGAACCCAAAGUGGCGUAUGCCUGGCAGCACCUGAAGGCUGACUUCCUCCAACCCAAAAUCAACCACAUCCACAAGGCUGUCCCACCUCUAUUGGAGGCCCACCGUGGCCAUCUUGUUGGCGGAGCAGCAGAUGUCCCUGGGACCCCAGUAGGCAUGGACCCUUCCCUGGAGAUGAUCCACAGCCGGUUGCAGAGGGACCCACGAGGCAGCCGCUCAGACCCCCAGAUGGACCACCUGCGCAGGGAGAGGGAGUACCGGCUGGGACGGCAGACGUCCAGCGAGCAGGAGAUCCAGGCCAGGCUGAACGAGCUGCCGCUGAUCGUGCGGCAGGAGCGUUACCGGCGGCGGCUGGAACGUCAGUCGUCCAGUGAGCAGGAGGGCAGCGGAAAACACAGGCUGCAGAGGCAGGACUCCAGUGACCAGGAGUCUGGGAAAGAAGGGUCAGAAAAGAGGCAGCCAGGGGAGAAGCGCUCCACUAUGGCUGAGAUAGUUGAACAGGUACAGGAGAGAGAAGCAUGCCAUGCGAGAGGGGAGGUCUAUCGGCCACCCAGCAGUCUUUCGGCCCCUGUCACACGUCUUGAUCGCCCUCGAGCUCGUGACAGGCCCAAGCCCCGGCGGAGGCCGCGUCCCAAAGAGCCUGAGGAGACACGCCGGUCUCGAUCUGCCCCUGCACAGAGCAUCCCGAGCACCCCACAGCCUCCAACACACACUGUCCGCCAUGAAGGCUCCUUGUACCGCAAGCAUGAGGAAGAGGGCAAGGAGAGGAGCCCUAACAGCAAGUCAUGGGUGAACCUGUUCUGCGUGCUCAACAAAGGAGAGAUCGGCUUCUACAAGGACGCGAGGAACACGACGACCCCUUACAACGACGAGCCGCUCCUCAAUCUGGCCAUCUGCACCUUCGACACCACCAACGGUUACAAGAAGAAGAAGAACGUCUUCAUCCUCAGGACUGAAACUGAAGGGGACUAUAUCUUCUUGGCAAAAGAUGAGGAGGAUCUUAAGCGCUGGGUCAGCAGCAUCAAUGCCAGCCUGAGUGAGAUCGAGGAAAUCGCAAAGUGGGAGAAACCAACCACCUCCUCCACCGACCCCGACAAAUCAGAACGCAAGGAGCGCUCCGAGGGUGCGGAGCCGUCGGAGAAGAGCGAGAAGUCAGAGCGCUCGGAGCGCUCGGACAAAGGAGAGGCGUCGGAGAAAAGCUCGGAAAAGAGGGACACGUCGGAGAGAGAGAGAGCCGAGCGACGGGAGAGAGAGAGGGGAGAGAGAGGCGAAAGAGAGAGAGGAGAGAGGGGACAAAGAGAACGAGAGAGAGGAGAGAGAGCAGAGAGAGAGGGUGGAGACAGAGAAAGAGAAAGAGCACGAGGAAGAGAACGAGAAGAAAGAGGAGAUCGGGGUUCCAGGGCUUCCAGCACCUCGGGAAAGAGCAAAUGAUUGGCUGGGCUCAUGCCUCUCCUUCAGAUCUUUAUUUAUCCAUCCAUCUUUUCAUCCAUCCACGGAGAGAGGAAGAGAAGAAAGGGAGACUCGUGCUUUUCUUUGUUUUACGUGGCUGAUGAUGGGUUGAGAUGCUGGUGACAGACUGCGUGUGUGCGGCCCAAAGAGAACAGCUACAGCACGGGGUGGAAGGACGGUGUCUGGAAGAGUCCCAUUGUACGCAGACCUGUUGAGUUUGUCCUGCUUUGCUACAAUGACAGAGAAAGAAGCUGAUGAAUGAAGACAAAAUGCCCCCAGAUAUUUAGAAAGCCUUUAUCUGAAGCAAUAUAAUGUAUGCAGUAGAUGAUUUACAGUAUUAUAUUGUGGUGACUUGUGCGCGUUUGGGAGAACUAAAAAUUCAGUCGGUCCUCAGCAGAGACAGUGAAUGCCCGUCUCAGUGGGGUCGUCAAUCACAGAGACACUCAUGCAUUCACACCUACUCUCGUGGUGCCCAGAUGAAUAGGUUAUGACCAAGGCUGGCCCGAUGAGCCUGAAUACUCAAGUGUUCAUUGACUGCACUGGUAUUUCUCUAUUUAGUAUUUAGUCGUUUGGCCACAAAAACAAACUGCAAUGCAUUUCAUUAGCAAAGACCUUUAGAUAGAACAGUGGUGGUUAAUAUAUGGAAAAUGUUAAAUAAACCAAUUGCAGCCAGUUUAGUUAAGGCAUACUUAUCACGUCACGUUGGAGCACAAAAAACGGUCGCUUUUCACUCGAUCAUUGACGCUGAAAAAGCAAAGAUGCCUGAAAAAUCACAGUCAAUAAAAAGUUAGCUCAACUUAAAAUCCUUAGGUAACUGAUUACACUGUAGAGGUCUGCAUGGGCAUGAAACUAAAGCCUGAAUACGACCUUUACCUGCGACCUUUAGACCGUUAUCUCUAGUUUCAAGGCCCAAACCGACCAGGACCGACCAGGCCUAUCUGGUGCUGCUAAAUUUGGUGACCGAAUUGAAACUGCACCUUUGAUUUGAGACCUUGCCUGACUGGUACUGCUAAACCUGGAGCCCAAACUCAACCCAAAUCCACUUGCAUACACCAGACAGAUUAUCACAGACACUGUUUCACAAAAAAGAAGUGUGCGUGAAAUUUACGUAGGCAUUCGCCGAGCAUUGACACCGCUUAGAUGUCUGUGUCUGUGAAUUCUUAAUAUCCUGAAAAAAGACAGAAAGUGGUACUACUUUAAAUUAUCGAUUAGAAAAGUACCCAGUGCAGCAUAUGAGAUAAGAGGGUGAUAUACUGGGGACGCAGGCGGUUUCAGGACGACUUCCGUUCAUUUGCAGUAUCAACACUAUUAAUACAUCAGUGCCGCCUGCUGAAAAUAUUUUGAACUGCACUAACAAAUUUGCUUAAAAUGAUGUAUAAAAUAAUAAGGUGUAAGCGUUGAUGGGCCUCAUUCGCCAGUAUCUUCCCAAGUGUGAAGGGUGCUAAGAAAGUCUACAUCAGAUUCAUGACGUGUGCUUCAAUUGCAGAAGUCUUCUCACCUGUGUGCUCUUGAAUGUGGAGAUUCUGUUCUUACCUAAGAACAACCUCAAAUAAGAAAACACUGAAUAUCAGAAUCUUCGUGAAAACGGUGUGAGUGGGUCUUUAGAAAGAAAUUGAAGUUUCUUCUUGGGGCCGGUGGUGAAUGAGGCCAGUUGUUUUUGGGAACGAGCAUUCAUUCGUGGGAUGCGAUUCGGGCCAGCCCUGGUUACAGCAUCAUCUGAAAUCGUUGUUGAGCUUUAGUUAGUUCACACAAGUAGGCUGACAAGGCAAGAGAAACCAGCAGGGCACAAGAGCCAGCAGUUCGCAUCUGAACUCCGUAGUGUACUUAAGCCAUGUUUUGUGUGUGGAGCCGUAAAAGCCAUCAUGAAGACUGAAUUCUGUCCUUGUUGACAGAUAACAGUGAGUGUCAGAAACUAUUAAGCCCGUCUAUUUGAGAUGAAUGAACCCCUGAUCUACUCACGCCAUUGCAGACGGCGUAAAGUCCUAUCCACAAAGUCCAAAUAUGAAAUGCUAAGAAUGUAUGACAGACACCAGGUUAGUGUGAUCUCCACCGUCGUAUUCCUUAGAUCAUAACAGUACAUCCAGUGUUUUGUCUGAACUUUAAAAGAACGAGCGAGAUGAGGUUGUGUAGGAAACUGCUGCUCUUCGACAUGAUCUCUCUUUACCUUCAUCCUUUGAUUGUACAAUGAUUAGUAAAUAUUCAAAUCGGAGGUGAAGUUGUCAUGCUAUUAAAAAGUGUACAUAUAUAUAAUAAAUAUAUAUUUGUAUAUAUACUAGUUAGCAGACUCACUUCUAUGAGCUGCGGUGAAUUACGAAUGGAAAAAAAAAAGACAAAUUUUUAUUAAUCAACUGAAAUGUAACGAGCUAAAAAGUAGUACUCGUUUAAAUUAUUCCUGGCUAAAGUGACUUCUAAGUGGUAAACAUGCAUUGAAGUAGCCUUUGUAGACCCACCGUGUAAACACACAGGCACUCACAGCUCCACGGACCCUUUUGCUUUAGGCAGGAAGGAUAAAAGUACACAAAAGGAUCCACACUGCGCACCAGGGUCUCUCACCUUACACAGAGUUUAUGUUUUCUACGCGUAGACACUCUUAUAUCGCUGUCAACUGUGAGAGAAAGAAUGCGAGAACUGAAGACCGAUAGUCUCAGCUGUUUUUGAGUGGAGUGGAAACUGGGCCAUUUCUAAAGGUUGCUCUAUGCUUGAUGAGGUCAAGCUUUGUGGGUUUUCCUCAUUUCUUGACACCACUUGGCUUUUUUUUCCUUGUCUUCCAGGUUUUUCUGUUGUCGGGUGUUUCUUGAGUUCAAAUGAUAAUCCUGUGUAUAGGAAGCUUCUCACGUUUCAGUAAGAAGAUCCCCAUUUUUCUGCUCCAGAGCAAAGAAGAGGGAGCAUGUAGGAUCUGGGACUGUCACAGUUAUUACAGCAUCGCCUGAUUGCAGUUGUUUUCCACUGUCGUUAGGUUUCACGAUCAUGUUUACAUCAAAACAAACAGAAUUUAAACUGUUUUUUUUAACAAGUGGGUUGAGCAAAUUUCUAGUCCUGCGUUAUCUCGUAACAAGAACGUCUGGGGACAAACGUCAGAACUGUUUGGCUGAAUUUAGACUUAUUAGAUUGGUGAACAAAGUAGGUGAAAUUUCUGAACCAGUACAUUGGGUGGUGCUGGAGGGGCUCGCUAAUCAACACUGUCCACAAGACAACCCGUCUGUUGUUGGCCCAUCGAUGGAAUGGAAGUUAGCAUGGCCCCAAAAGUCUCCAAUUAAUUGUGUGUAUGAAGACCACGUUACAUGCAGCAGCUUAGCUAACAAUAGCAUUUAGUUACUAAGCUAGAAUGGCAUGCACCCGUCCCCUGGGCCCCGAUGACGGCCACGAGACUCGAGCCCGACUCCUUUGCUUACUUCAUCCGCUCCCUCCUGUCUUCGCAGCGUUUGCUCUGGGCUUGGAGUUCGAGCCCCACCUUCCUGCCAGCUCUUGCAGCCGUGAUCGGGGCCCAGGCGACGGUCACGUGCCACAGCUAGCUUUGCUUGUUUGUUGUGGAGUUAAAAUUAAUUGUCAUGGACAUUGAGAAAGAUCGGACUACAGGAAUUUGGGGGCGAGUUUUAAAGGGGCGGACCCUCGUUAGUGACAGAUUUCACUACAAUCCUGUAAAGUUUAUUAAGUUGUCCCCAGACACAAAUUCUCAUUGCGAGGUUACACAAGGAAAAAAAAACAUUGUCACUGUAGGAACAAUAUCUGAACAAUAUCAAUAUCUGAACAAUAAUAUAUAGUGUCUCCAGCAAGUAUGAUAACUGGAGAAGAACAAAAACAUCUUUAACUUGUAAUUUCUGUUGGUCUGUUUAACACAGUGCAAAAUGUAACUUUUCAAAUUGUGCAAAAAACGUUAAAGUUAAAAAGACAAAAAUGGAGCAACAGUGAAGAAAUAAAUAAAAGUGUAGAAAGUGCAUUUAUUGGAACACAUCGUGGGUCUUAUGAAAAUACCAAAAGUUCUAACUCCUGACUGGUGCUCUAACACCUUUAGAGGGCAGCAGUGAGUAAUGUUUGUCUAGUUGAGCUUGAGCUGCUUUGUCUGGAAGCUACUACAUAUCGACAUCUAAGAAGCCAGAUGGCUAAUCCGCCAGUUUGGUGACUUGAGGCCAAUUUGGCGAUUGGUAAUUGCAAUUUUCUAUAUGGCAAUUAAUCGUCAGCUGAACUUUCAUGAUUGUGACAGUCCUAGUAGGAGCUACAGUUAUAGAGAUGGAAGAAAGAAAGUGUGGGAGAAGGUUAUCUGGAAUGAGAGAGAUAGAGAGAAAAAGAUGGACAGAACAUGAGAGAAACCUUUAGCAUAGGGAUUCCUUUUAUUGUAGGCCAUUUGCUUCCCCUUGUGGAUUCUCCUAGUUUUAUCCGUCAGUUCACUUCUCUCGCAGUGCACUGGAGUGUCGACCCAAGUGCACUCCAAACAUGCAAGUAUGGAGGGUAGAAGAUACCCAAAGCUCCUGUUCUGCAUGCGUCUGAAUUAGACCAGGGUUGGGUUUUUGUGUUUCGUUGGGGGGGACGGGGGUGAUCCUAGAUCAGCACACUGUAAAAGGGUCAGUUGUACCCAGAAUCCUUUGGCAGAUUUCUCAACCACAACCCCCCGCCCCCCUUUGUUCUACAUGUCAUGUCCUGUAAAAUCCCCUCAGAGAUCCUUUGUAACUGGACUGCACUUUUCUCAGCUGGACUCUUUAUUUUUCCUGAAAGAUCUUCCUCGAGGGUCGUCAACAAAAAGCACAAGUUUUACCCCAAAAGCCAUCAUCUCCUCCCUGCAGUUCUCUUCCAGAACUGCUGUUUGAAAACUCCAGAUUGUUUCUGAUGGAACUCCUCACUGUUGGAUCUUCUUCUCUGAUGGACCGACAGUCUCAGAUUGCUGAGAAUUUUUGAGCCAGGCACUUUUUUCAUCAGCAGGCCCUGUUUCAUCACUGAGCUUGACCUCACCGCAUUGACACAUUUGAUAUUUUCUGUUUGAUGUAUGAACUGUUGAUAAAAGAAGACGCGUUGCCACCCUGGAAUUCACGUGGCAAACGGGCGUACAGCCCACCCCAAGCUCAUGGACAGAAGAGAGCAGACGGGGUAACUGGCUUCAUCCGACCAAGUAAACCAUUUCUCACAAGGAACGUAGAAGAAAACCACUAAUACGUUGCAUGAAUGAGAACAUAGAGGAGAUUUCUAUGCAACAGCUGUGCAUGUUUAUCCAAAGGGGUCCAACCCCCCAGCAAAAAGACUGGGCUUGAGUGAUGAUGAUGAAGUGAUAAUGAGGAAGGGUAAUGCAGGUAAUGUGUAUUAACUGAGAUGUGUCAUUAAACAUUAUGUACUGGUAUUCUCCUGGACUCAUUACAGGUUGUAUAUAUCAA